UUAUUAAUUACAAAAAUCAACAAAAAAAUAAGUUAUUCGGGUUGAUUUGUCGUUUUAAAAGAUACACUUUCAUUUGAAAUGGAGAGAAGAUUCUCAUGGGACCAUGAAGAGACAAUUAUUGAGUUUGUCAAAAAUCAUUCAGUUUUGUUUGACAUCAACCAUCCUGAGUACAGAAAUUCAGCGCACAAGCAAAGACUGUGGAGGGAACUUGCAACAAUACUAAACAGAUCAACUGAAGAUGUUCAAAAGAAGUGGUUCAACAUAAGAGACUAUCAUAAACGAAAAAAGAAAGGACCCCCUGGCCCAUCUGGGGGGAAGCCAUCACAGCGUGAAGAAGCUCUAUCCUUUCUAGACGGAUUUUUCUGUGUCAAAAAAAGGCUGAAUCGUGAAUCAAACCCGAAAGUGUCAGCAAGGUCGGUGACAGGUGCUCCAAACCGUGACAAUCACUUGAAGAAUUUGAAAUAG